UUUUUCCCCCCCAUUUUCAAAAACCUCAACAAAAAGAACCAACAAUGACGGAGCCAGCAAUCGACGCUGACAACCAUACCACACUAGUCUAUGACAUCUAUGCUCCACAGUAUCCUUGGUGGUGUUUCAAUUUUCUCAUCUUGAUUUGGUGUUUGGGUUGCCUCACUGAAUUCAUCCUGCUUCGAACCAAUGCAUUUGGCAUAUCCUCCAAGUUCCAAGCCCUAACUCUUGAAAAGAGGCGCAAUGUUGUGAUCUAUAUCCUUCAGAUCUUUGUCACAACCCUUUCAUUGGCCCUUCAAUUGGCAGGGGGGGUUGAUUUAAUCUUCCGAUUAGAUGACACGACAUCUGAGCUCCGCUUCACCAUGAUGUUGGUUUCUUCACAGAUCAUCUUUGUGCUGUACAUGUGGGAGCUCAUCUACCGCAUCAGCAUUGGCACUCCUCUGCUUGUCCAUCAUGUCAUGACUUGUGUUAUGGCUCAGCUCUUGGCGUUGUCAAUCUUUGAUGCAUAUGCUGUAGUAUAUUUGAGACUUGCAGUCAUCCUCAGUUGUUAUGCCACCACUGAGCAAUCUUCCUUUGUGGCACUCCUCUGCUACCGCUUGGAUCUGUUCUCCAAGAAGGUUCAAUACAACCUGUUCACCCUUGCCGCAAUUCAGUCCUUCAUUUUCAAGACAGCCAUUGCCAUCUUUUCCUUGUUGUACUUUUGUGUGACCUUUUAUAUUCAAGGAGAGGCUGAUGACCAACCAACUAACUGGAAAUGGUUCUGGAAGAUCUGCUUCAUUCCUUUGGUUGUCGUUCUGUUCGGUGCUCAGGUCUACUCCAGCCAAAUCUUGUGGACAUUGCGCUUGAAGUGCAGUAGUGAAGUUGAAGAGUCCAAUCAGGAGAAUCCACAAUCAAUGGAUGCGUCAAGCGAGAGCAAGAGCACCCAACUGUUGGACACAGUGAUGGAUGAUUCUCUCCGCCGGGUUCGUGACGUGUCCUGCGAGAUUGACGUAUAGUUGCGAGUCCCGACAUUUUGUGUACAGAUAGAAAGCCAUUUUUAGAUAUCUAGGUCUACUUUUCCCACU